GAUCUUUCUUCAUCGCCAAAUCGUGACUCUUACCAUUUUUCGUGUUUCUCGUUAUCUCAAAGCACCUCGCAUACGAACUGUCGCCUCUUUCACCAUGCGCGAAAUCCCCGCCAGAACACCUACAUACCAUCCCAUCAAGGAUCCGGCUACAGCAGAAUGGGGCCUUGCAAUUAAACGUACCGACUAUGAAAAGCUCCUUGAGGGAUUCAGGCCGAGAGAUAUGGAUGAUAAGUGGUUAUGCAUAACGGAAAAGAAUGACGCUCAAGGCAACACAACCGUCCAUUGGUACAGAAGCUGGGGCAACAUGGAGUACUACACGGUCAUUGUCGAAGUCCAAGAUCCCAAACAGGCGAAGGAAAAUGAUUGGGCAAAACUCACAAAGAUUACUUGGGAGAAGUUGGUGGGGGGACUGGAGGUACCUGUGGAAGAAGCAAAGGGAGACGUCGUCGAUUUAUGCAGAGCCUUCGUGGGCUGCGAGUUCGAGAAUGCUGGAUCUGCAUCGAGGUCAGAGUAGAAUGAAAGUCCUGUAUUAUCCUGCGAGGCAGUGUCGGCUAGAUGUUGGUACUCGGGAUCAAUUUUUGGCUACACCUCUUUUCGUCUUCCGAGGAGGUAAUACAACAGGCAAGCGCAGAGAAGGAACACCAAGCUAGCCUCCAAGAUCCUUAUUACUUUUAUGACUACUACCUUACUAGCCUACGAUUCUCUCU